GAGAAAGAGAGAGAGAGAGUUUGCCCCAGGCUUUUACAUGAAGUUCUCUCCAUCAAAUCCCAUCUCUCCCCCACCCCCCUGUCCAGCUCAGCCCCACUUCGCUCCUCUUGUCUCCUCGAGUGAGUGAGAGCGCAGUAAAGAAAAGGACAAUUGCAGGAAAGGAUGCAUCGCCUUGCUGCUGGUAUUCCUGUCUGCAUGACUGGAAACGAGCAAACCGGAAUACAGCAAGAAGGACUUCCAGCUUUUCCUCGUGCUAAGGAUCUCCAUAUUGGAAUUGGUUUCGGAAGUCCUCAUGCAAAUGACCCGUCCAUUUGAAUCGGAGCUUUGAUGCGUCACUAAACGCGUCGUUUUGUGCACUCUGUGCGCUCGGAGGAUUUACGCGUCGGUGUCACUGGCACAGAGCUGCGGAGAAGUCUGGCUCCGUCACACGCGCACACGCACACACACACACACACAAGUUUGCAUUAGAUGCCAGCAUUUUACUGUCUAUGGAAGUGUUAGCUUAGAAUAAAUACCUUAGUCAUGUGUAUGCAUGCUCCGAUAAGUUCUCUCGUAGAGCGUUUUAAACAUAGAUAGAUAGAUUGCAACGCUAAACGACACCCUAAAAUAGCUAAAGUAAAACAUGAGAGAGUUUCACCACAAAUCUGGUGUUGGUAACCGCAGUAAAGGCAGAAGGGAAGCGGCUCGUCGGUUCAGGGUCGUUUGUAAAGGAGCCGGCGAGCAUCGCCGGGACCCGGAGCUCUCCAUCUGGCACUCUGCUGAGGAACAGCCGCUGUCGGGGCUGGAGAGAGUGACUGAGACGAGGUGGAGAAAUGAGACGCAACAAUUCUAACAGUUAAACACCCAGGAUUUAUACUAAUAUACGUAUAGAUUCCAAUUUCUUGAUUGUAAAUAUUCAUUUUUAACAAUUCUUACUAUUCUUGUAGGUAAAUACAUUUAAAUAUCCAAGUAAUAAUCAUAAAUAUAGUAUUAGUGAAAUAUAUGUACUCAACUAAGCAAACUACUAUAAUAUAUUUAGCAUACAUUUGAUUGCAAUAACCACAGGUAAUGCAUAAAUAGCUUUUUAGAAUUAGAUUUACGACAUAUUAGGUCAAAAUGUUGCCGAGUUGUACAUUACUUCAUAUGCGAUUACUUAAAGAAAGCCAGAAUAUAUUUAUUUAGUAGUCAGUAAGUCAUAUUUAACACAUGAUUACAACCAAACAUGGUGUGGACAUUCAUCGUUCUGUUGACCUUUAAAGGAACUCUUGACCAGCAUAGGGAAAGAACUCAUUCACAAAUUAAACAGAAGAAAGGGACUUAAGAAGUAUGAUCAGAGAUGGACAGUUUGGACAAUUCGUCUUUCUUGGUGGCUUGAGAUUACUUUUGGAGCCUGGACGGGAAUAAUUAAGGAGGAGUAAGGGAUUGUACCACCCCUUACAAUUGCAUUCUGGUGUAGAGCAAGCUCGGCUCCGGCGGAAGAGCAUCGCCACUGGAAAGCAGCCAAGCAUGGAGAUCCCACCCACUGCCCCCCCACAACCCUUCCGACAAUCCAGUUUUCUCAGUAGAAGACUGAAGGGGUCCAUCAAGCGGGCCAAGAGUCAGCCCAAACUGGACCGAACUAGCAGCUUCCGCCACAUGAUCCUCCCUCGUUUCCGCAGCGCAGACCAGGACCGGACUCGUCUGAUGCAGAGCUUCAAAGAAUCCCACUCCCAUGAGUCUUUGCUGUCUCCCAGCAGCGCAGCCGAGGCCUUGGAUCUGACACUUGAUGAAGAUGCGGUCAUCAAGCCUGUUCACUCCAGCAUACUCGGACAGGAGUACUGCUUCGAGGUGAUAACUGCUUCUGGAACAAAGUGUUUUGCCUGUCGGUCGGCUGCGGAGCGAGACAAAUGGAUCGAGAAUCUGCAGAGAGCUGUCAAACCAAACAAAGACAACAGUCGACGCGUGGACAACGUUCUGAAGCUGUGGAUCAUCGAGGCCCGUGAACUUCCACCCAAAAAGCGCUAUUAUUGUGAACUGUGCUUGGAUGACAUGCUUUACGCCCGCACCACCAGCAAACCCCGAACCGAUACCGUCUUCUGGGGUGAGCACUUCGAGUUCAACAACCUGCCAGCUGUCCGCAACCUCCGCCUUCAUCUUUACAAAGAGACGGACAAGAAAAGACGCAAGGAGAAGAGCACAUAUCUGGGCUUGAUCAGCAUUCCCAUUUCCAGCAUCACUGGUCGUCAGUUUGUGGAGCAAUGGUACCCCGUCAUUCAGCCCAGCGUCCUGACCAAGGGUGGUGGUGUUGGAGGGGGCAAAAUCAUCAACGCCUCCCUGCGGCUCAAGUCACGCUUUCAGACCAUGAGCAUCCUACCGAUGGAGCUGUAUAAAGAGUUUGCAGAGUAUGUGACCAACAACUACCGUACGCUGUGUGCCGUUCUGGAGCCGCUGAUGAGUGUCAAGAGCAAAGAGGAAGUGGCCUGCGCUCUGGUGCACAUCCUGCAGAGCACAGGGAAGGCCAAGGAUUUUCUUUCAGACAUGGCGAUGUGUGAGGUGGACCGAUUUAUUGAUCGAGAGCACCUGAUCUUCAGAGAGAACACCCUGGCCACCAAAGCCAUAGAAGAGUACCUCAAACUCAUCGGACAUAAGUACCUCAAAGACGUUUUAGGUGAUUUUAUCCGAGCGCUGUAUGAGUCAGAGGAGAACUGUGAAGUCGACCCAAUGAGGACUCCACCUUCUGUGCUGCCCGAACAUCAAGCCAACCUCCGCAUGUGCUGUGAGCUUGCCCUCUGCAAAAUCGUCAACUCUCAUUGUGCAUUUCCGAGAGAACUAAAAGAGGUGUUUGCAUCCUGGCGCGUUCGAUGCGCUGAGAGGGGAAGAGAGGACAUUGCAGAUCGACUGAUCAGUGGUUCCCUCUUCCUGCGCUUCCUGUGUCCAGCCGUCAUGUCACCAUCCUUAUUCAACCUCACACAGGAGUACCCCGACGAGCAGACUUCACGCACACUCACCCUCAUAGCCAAAGUUGUGCAGAACCUUGCAAACUUCUCAAAGUUUGGCAGUAAGGAGGAGUACAUGUGCUUUAUGAAUGAGUUUUUGGAGAUGGAGUGGGGCUCCAUGCAGCAGUUCCUGUACGAGAUCUCCAAUCUCGACAGUGUUAGCAACGCAGCUGCUUUUGAGGGCUACAUCGACUUGGGAAGGGAGCUCUCGAUCCUGCACAGUCUUCUGUGGGAAGUCAUGGCACAGCUAAGCAAGUCUGUUUUUACCGUGCCAAAGGAUGCUAUCAUCAAACUUGGACCAUUACCCCGCCUCCUGAAUGACAUCAGCAUGGCCCUUCGUAACCCUCACCUCCAGCGACAGCCCAGUCAUCAGACGGACAGACCGCCUCCAGAGAGACAGACAGACAGGCUGCUCUCCAGGCCCAGCUUCAACAGGGGCGUCUCGUCUGAGUUCCAGAACCUCAUGAUGAGAGACCUCAACAGUUCAGUUGAGAUCACUCGCCUGCCCUCUCCGACCUCUGCCAUGUCCAGUGGCGGAGCGCCUCCGGCCCGAGCCGGAUUGGGCGGGUUUGCGGACCGCGAUCAUCCUCACCGAGCCUCAUCUAAAGAGGUUUUCUAUGUUGCCCGUCCCCCGUUGGCCCGCUCUAGUCCAGCGUACUGUACUAGCAGUUCUGAUAUUACUGAUCCAGACCCAAAGGACUCAAGAAUGAACAGCGUCUCUAACCUGCAGUCUAUGGGGGACAUGCUCAACUCUUCCCAGGCCUCGAUUGCCGGCCUCGGCAGCUACGGUGGGCUCGCGGGCUUGGGAGGAGGCCUCGGAGGCCAGCUACGUGCUGGAGGGCGUAUGUCGGCUGGAUCCGGGGGCUCCAGCAUGUCCGGGGGUCUGAGGUUGAGCCAGAUGGGAACCACCACCGACUCGCUGUCCCAGCAGCAACAAGCCGCCGCUCUCCGCUACCCCCUCUCCUUCCAGAACCCUCUGUUCCACCUGGCUGCUGACGGGCCUCAGCUUCACCACCAGCACAGUCGAGCUCAACCUCCUCCUCCUCUCCUGCUGGCCCCGGAGCCGGACGCUUCUCACCCCUCUUACAUCCCGCAGUUCGCCCACGGCGGUUUCUCCCGAAGCGAGGACCUCUCCACCCUCAGACCCGGCCCUCAUCUGGGUCAGCCGAGUAUUAUUCACUCCCACAGCUACAGCGACGACUACAGCCGCCAUAACCAGAGCGAAUACGGGCGACGCCAGAUCCCCAUGCACAUGCAGGAGCAGCAGCAGAUGGCAGGCAUGGCAUCGCAGACGGGCACAUCUCAUUCAUCGCUCGCCACGCCACCUUCCACCGUUCAGCCUGCCCGCCAGAGCUCUAUGGCUCCUCCCACACAGCGCAUGAAAUCGCAACCCUCGCAUCAGCUUUCCGUGAGUUCUGCCGCCGCUGCCGCUCCUGCUGGCAAAACCAGGCCACAGAGCGGAAACCUGCUCCAGUCCCCGGAGUCUGGCUUCGGGGGCCGACAACAGGGCCCUCGGCAGCAGCUGUCGGUCAAAGACAGCACCCCGCCUGGCCUGCCUCAUCAGCAGAGCUCCACCAGAGAGAGCCAGGGGUCCCAGGGCUCUCAGGGAGGAACGCCACAGUCCACACAGCAAUCCAAAUCACAUCAGGAACGACAGCAGAUCCAGCAACAGCAUCUGCUCAAGCCUACCAUGAGCAAACAGGGCUCUUCCCAAUCUCCAACCACCCUCAACCCCUCGAUCCCUGCCUCGGAGCGAACGGUCGCAUGGGUGUCCAACAUGCCCCAUCUUUCUGCUGACAUAGAGAGUUCCCGCAUUGACCGAGAGGAAUACAAACUCAAGGAGUAUUCAAAGAGCAUGGACGAGUCGCGUCUGGACCGGGUGCGUGAAUACGAGGAGGAGAUCAACUCUCUGAAGGAGCGUCUGAUGAUGUCACACCGCAAGCUGGAGGAGUACGAGAGGAGGCUGUUAACUCAGGAGCAGCAGACCAAUAAAAUCCUGCUGCAGUAUCAGAGCCGACUGGACGACAGCGAGAGGAGACUGAGACAGCAGCAGAUGGAGAAAGACAACCAAAUUAAAGGAAUUAUUGACAGACUCAUGGUUGUGGAAGACGAGCUGAGGGUAGGGGUGAUGCCUGAGCAGAAACCCAGGAUGUUCGCAGACCAGGGGAGGCGGCAGUCCAUCUUAGUUCAGCCCCGCCUUGCGCCCGUCCCACUGCGAAUGAACAGCCAAUCACAAAGCUUCAUGGAGGACAAUCUGGAACCUAAUUGGAGGCCUCACCUCGGACAUUCGUCAGGUUGGCCAGGGUUUAAUUCCAGAGCGCUGUCACGCGAUUCGGUUGGUUGACAGAGGGGAAACUGAGGCUUUGACUCUGCGCCAGAGCCGAUCCAAAGAAGAAAUGUAGGUUCCCUUCCUCUGACGUGCCCUCUCUCUGAUAUAAUUCGAUAUGAUGACCGUUUGGGAUGCUUAAUGUCUGUCAGAUGUCAGAGAGAUGACGUCGCAUGCAGCGUAGUGGUUCAUUGAGAGAGCUGGAGAGGUUCUGAGGAUCAGAUCAAUUUCAAAGGUGCUGUUUUUUUAGGUUCUUUACUAACUUCAUGUAGGAUAUUGAACAGUCCUCUACUUCUCAUUAUGAUCUUCAUAUGCCACAUUCGCUCUGCCUGUCAUGCCUGCCUGCGUCUUAGUCAUGUCUUUUAUUUUGGGGAAACUGGAUAUGCACAACCUUUUUUUUUUUUACCCUGAAGAGACGCUGAUUUGUCCUUCAGCAGAUUUGAUAAGAGGCUGGAAAUAUCCAAACUUCUGUUUCCUGGUGGUUUUCUACUUCUUGACUGGACCUCACCCAGAUGAGAUCACGUAUUUACAUGCUGGUAAUGUGAGACAAGACCUUUUGAUCCGUAAAUUUACGUGACAAUCUCUUUGCAAAGAAAAAUCGACAACCUGUUAUUUUACCUGCUCCCUCUCCACGCACUUUGCUACGUCCUGGAUCCUCGCAGACUCUUUGUAUGUGAAAGAAAGAUGGAUUCUUUUACUUUUUAAUUCUCUUUCCUUUUGCUGUGGAGUUCUUGAUUUUGUGGAAAAUACCGUUUGGAAGUGGGAUCCUCUCGUUUUGAAAUUUGGCAGUCGCACGUUUGUAGGAUUGUGGGUAGUUUUGCGAAGCCAAGUUACUGUUUUAAAUUGAACUUUAUUUCCUUGUUUGGAUGGCAUUUCCAGGCAACACAGACAUUUCUCUGCUUCCUUUUUACACCACUAGACAAAAAUAUAAAUUUUGAGAGAUCAUGGAGGUCGAAAAAUAAUGUUGUGGGUGACUGUGUGUAUAUACAGUGUGUGUACAGUAUUUGUGUAUAUACUGGAUGUAUGGAUGGUUAUAUAAUAUAAGUAUAUAUAUAUACAUAUACAUGUAUUUUGUACAUAAAAUAUGUUUGUAUAUGCAGUGUACAGAAUGUGUUCUUUUACACUGAUUUCCCUUUUUCUCAAUGUGGAAAAAGAAAAAGCAGAACAGAACUUUGUGGGAAUUAAAACUCACAUCGGCGACUCGUCGGCGGAGUUAUUCAAAGCACUUUUCGCUCAGGCUGAUUGUACGCAGUCUGAAACCCACAAUGCAUCGCCAUGAGUCCAACACAUGCUUUGCCGGUAUAAAGCUUGCACUCUUUUUCUCACUGAUUGAG